CUCAGGCCUUUGCUGUUUGCGUGCUUGUGGGGGUGGGGGACAGUCGUCAUUCCCUGGAACCCGCGGACUUCCUCUCUCCCUGUCUGGGUCAUUCUGUCUGCCGGUCGCUGGCCCCAGGCUCGCUCUCUGGCCCGAGACCUCUCUCUCUCUCAGCAGCUGUCCCUCUCGUGCCCGCUGGCCUCUCUCUCUCUCCUUCCCCGCAGUCGCCUCCUUCUCCGCCUGCCUGGGUGGCCAUCAUGGGCAGGAAGCGGCUCAUCACUGACUCCUACCCUGUAGUGAAGAGGAGGGAGGGCCCCGCUGGGCACAGCAAGGGGGAGCUGGCACCAGAGCUAGGGGAAGAAACCCAGCCCCUGAGCGUGAGCGUGGAUGAAGCGGCGCUGGAGCUGCUGAGGCAGUUUGACCUGGCCUGGCAGUAUGGGCCCUGCACAGGGAUCACACGGCUGCAGCGCUGGCAUCGGGCAGAGCAGUUGGGCUUGGAGCCUCCCCCCGAAGUGCGUGAGGUGCUGCAGACUCACCCUGGAGAUCCCCGCUUCCAGUGCAGCCUCUGGCAUUUCUAUCCUCUUUGAGGCUCCACUGAAGACCUCCUGCUGGCUACCCAAGAACCUUAGCACACAAGAACCAGUUGCCGCUGUUCAGCUCACCUUUGCCUUGGAGAACCUUUGGCAGGAAGGAGUCUCACAGGGAAGGAAAGGCUGGAUCCGACCUCUCCGCAGCACAGCCCCCCAUCUAACCAGCAGGCUGCUGGAGCCCCCUCUGAGAGCUGACACAGCUCAAGUCCAGUAUGUCCUACAUUCAGAGUGACAAGGACCUGGCCAUGACCCUUCCGAUGCCUCCCAGACCAAACCACUUCAGUCCUGGGGACGAAGUGGCAAACUAGGCACAGCCUUAGGCAAAGCCAGACUCAGGCAAAUGAUCUCAGAAGCAAAGAUGCACUCCCCACCUAAGGCUGGGCAUCUGAGGGCAGAACUGGCUAAGCUCACGGGGCAAGGGGUUCACUAAUGCUCAUCAAUAAAGAACACUGAGCCUGGAAGCCUGAACUCCAGCCCCUUAAUGUGGCCCUGCUUGGGCUGGCAGCACCCAUCAAGUUUAUAGGUGGGAGAGAGCCAGCACCUUGCUUUCCUGCAAGCUGCACGCGGCUCUUCUGCUGCCUAAGCCUAGACCUGGGAGGGAGGAAAGACCUCAAGAGACCCUGGCACAAGUCCUCACAAAAGCUGAGCAACCUUUGAUGCCCCCUGGUGGUGCAGAGGGAAACUACUCUUUAGUCACCUUAACUGACCAGCCAGGGAAAACAUGCCAGACUGCCACCCAGCCUGCCCAGUGUUGUCCACUUCACAAAAAUGGCUCCUCUCUCAGAGGAGGAUCCAGGGCCCCACAGCUCAUAAGGUUCAGGCAGACCUACACAUUCCCAGCAAGCACCUCUGCUUCCCGCAUGGAGUCCACCUGGACCCAAAGCAGGGUUGGGGGAUCAUUCCACUCACAGCACCUGCUCAGAGAUGGUGGGGAACUGGACAGUGCUGGGGUGGAGGAGAACCAGCCGAGCCAAAAACACUGCUUAGGGGACCCUGGGACGGUGAGCCACAGAGAGGGAAUUAGUACUCCUUAUGUGGUGUUGCCUUCAGUUGAUGUAUCAGCCUUCCAUCCUGGGGCACAGAGAAACAUCACUAUUGACUCCUUGGAAAAAGGCCUAGAGAGCUGUUGAGCACUGACCAUGCCUCAAAUACAUGAAAUGUAUUAUCUCUAAACUUCCCAAAAAACCCAUUAAGGUAGAUGAUACAGGGAAGGAAC